AUGGAAGCAUGGAAGAGGAGACGGAAGAAGGAGAUACGUCCAGGAAGGCCGUGCAGCAUCGCUUCGAAUGGUCGGCAAUGCCUCCCGCUCGAUGCUGGAAGGAAGACGGCACUGCCGCCCGUCUACGCCGGCACCACUGCCCACCGCCAGCCGCCGCCCGCUCCUGCGUCGCCGGCCGUCCGCGUGCUGCUCCCCGCCACCACCUGCUCCAUCCCGCCGCAGGCCUGCUCAGCCGCCGCUCCUUCCGCACCAGCCACGGGCGCACGACCCUGCAACGACCGAGCCCACGUCCUGGCCUCGCUCAACCACCGCCGCGCCCGCUCCGCCCCUACUCGCCAGCUUCCACCAAAUCAGCUCGCGCGCGCGACCCACCUCCGCUGCCAAUUCGCCCCUGCUCGCUGCGCUGCCGCCGGCCAACCACCGCCCCCUAGCCCAUCCACGCGCGCCGCCAGCUCACCAACGCCCGCGCCGGCCACCUCCAAUUCGCCCAAGCGCACUCCCGCCCGACCUCACCUGCCCCGCUCGCGCACGGCCGCGCCAGCUGCUCACCCUCUCGCCCCUGGCUCGCUCAAGCCCCGGCCGCCAGCACUCCAAGCACGCUCGCUCGCCCCGCCUGACCGCCUCUGGUUCCUCCCCUGCUGCAGCUGCUCCACCUCAGCUCGAGCGCCCGCCAAGCACAUCCCGCGCAGCACCAGCUCCAAUUCCACGCGCGUGCGCAGCAAUCUUGCCCAGACCACCUGCAGCUCCUCCAGAUUCCAUUAG